AUGGCUUUUGACUGGAAUGGCCGUAAUCUCUACGUUGGAAACAAGAUCUCGCAAACGAUCGAAGUAGUUCGCACUGUGGGUGCACAGUUUCUUAGCCGUGGCUAUCUGUUCAAACCCCGAUUCAGACUCCGCCUCGACCCAAAGACAGCCGUUGUGACAUCCGUGUCGAUUGCGGUUGAUUCGGACAGAGGAUUGCUUUUCUGGCUAGAUAGAGGUGGUGGUGCUGCUGAUGUGAAAGUGGCUAGAGCCAAUCUGGACGGCACAAACGCCCUUGUCAUUGCCAGCAACGACUUGACAGAAUUGGACCACAUCACCUUGGACACGAACAAACCAGAGGGUUUAUUUCACCGGGCUCAAGACCGUCUAAUGGUGCCAUUACAGAUAUCAUCUGUGACUUACGACGGACAAGAUCGCCACUACAUCCUCAACGACGCGGGAAAACAACCUAAUGGAAUUGCAUUUUUCAGCGAUCGUUUAUUCUACGCUGAUUCGGCAUUCGAUUCGAUUGACGUGGCGACGAUCGUUGGUGAUGGUCAACCGCCACAGUUCAGUCAUUUCAAGAAGGAGGUCGAGAAUCUUGUUAACAUCAAAGUCCUACAGCCGCGAGCUUCCUCAAUCAGCCAUCCAUGUAGAACGGAUAAUGGAAACUGCAAGCACAUCUGCGUCCCUCAACAAUUCAGUCAACACACUUGCAUGUGCGCAACAGGAUACGCCAAGGACGGCCAGACAAGUUGCAAGCUAUUCGAUGAGUCAUUUGUCAUGGUGGCAACGAAGAGCAAAGUCGUCGGAUAUCCUUUGGACGACUCCCGUCAAAAAGGCAUUGCAAUGGAUCCGAUUGGAGGCUUAUCGAUUACGUCGAUCGAUUUCGAAUUCGAAAGCAAAACCAUCUUCGUUGCUGAAGCUUCCGGCAUCAACAAGGGUAUUACUGCAAAAAUUUUGUUCACAACAAAGACCGAAACGCCCAGCUCGAUAGCGUUGACCCAAUCGGACGUUCUGUACUGGGCUGAUCAAGGCCAAAAGCCUAGCAUCCAGCGCGCAUUCCUUGAUGGAACUCGUCGGGAGGUGGUCGUCGGAGCAGAACAUGUCUCUGAACCAACCGAUGUCAUCGUGGAUCCUGCUAGUCGUAUGGUCUACUGGGCGGACGCCAAGAAUGGAGCGGGCAUCUCGCAGAAUUCGCCCAAGUGGUGGUGCUCCCGAACUCGUCAGAUCCGAUAUCGCAUCCGCUGCUGGCAUUUCACUAAUUGUAAACCCAACCAGACCUCAUUGCUCCCUUUCACCAACCACAGUGGCCGUGCAUCACUGAAGGAUCUGGGAGAUGUCGUUGUGUUCUCGUCAGAGAAUCAACCAAAAGGCUCUUCUCCUUGUCAGAUUACUGACAACCUCCGUAAAAGCCCAUGUCCACAGCUGUGCUUCUCGUCACCAGGCACGCAGAGCCCUAGCUGCGCCUGCGCAAGAGGUAUCCUGAAAGGACGUACUUGUGAAGAACCAGACACGUAUUUGAUGUUCACCGACGGCGAUAAGAUCGUCGACGCAUCCAUUGAGCCCGACAUUAAGGCCAGCCGCCCUCUGAAGGAACCAUUCCCAGCAAUCGAUAAUCUGCAAGUAUUCGAUGUCGACGUGAAUCUCAGACGUGUCUACUUCGUUACCGAGUCGCCGUCAGGUGUUAACAUUAGCUGGUUCAGCAUGAACAAUGCCGACAAUCCCAGGCUGAUUCUUGGAACAAAUAAACAGAAGCACGCCGCCGAUAUUCGCCAUGUAUCUGAUAUGAAACUUGACUGGCUCACCCAGAAGGUCUACUUCACUACAGGACGCGCUGGAAAAGUCAUGUCUAUCGAUGCGCAAGGCGAGCACCUUAGCACGAUCGCCUCUGGAGAUUGGACCUAUGCGUUGGCGUUGGAUCCUUGCAGCGGUUUGAUUUUCUGGAGUGACAGUGGCUACAAGGCAUCUGGAGGGCUCUAUGAACCUCGAAUUGAGCGUUCUAACAUGGCUGGAGGAAACCGGAAAGUCAUUGUAAGGGAGAGUGUCUCAUUGCCGGCUGCUAUCGCGGUGGACUUCAGGAACCUAAGAAUCUACUGGGCUGAUGUGAAUCGCCUCAAUAUUGAGAGCAGCGACUACGACGGAAAUAACAGAAAGGUGAUUGGAGCAGGAUAUCGCGCCAAAUCACUUGACAUCUGGGAUGAAUGGCUGUAUUUGAGCGAUCCGCUGAGCAAUGGUGUAUUCCGAUUGAACAAGGAUUCUGGUGGCGUUAUCGAACCGGUCGUCAGCGAUCGUCGAGUCCCAGGAACCUUGCGAGUCUUUGCGUCCGAGAAUGAUGUUCGAACUAGGAAUCAAAUCUGCAACGCUAUCACCGCUUCUCUUUGUAAGACUGAUAAUGGAGGCUGUGACCAGGUAUGA